UUGGCUUGUUGACGUAUCAGUAGCAAUUUUCCCGCAACAAACAUUUUGCAGUCACUAUUACCACGGUGGGACUUUUUUCGCUGAGAAAAUGACAAAACGAUCUUGUCCUUUUCCGGAAACCUUCUCCUCUCAAUACAAAAUUCAUGUCGGACAACAGGAGCUGAAUAAUUACAGCGUGUUUGGGAACAAAUACAGACAGGAAAUCUACUCAAAGACAAAGAACUUGCUCUUCAACGGUGCCAAGGCUGUGAUGGGCCAACUCUGGACUGGAGAGGAUAGCAGCACCAAACCACAGCCUAAUGGACAUGCUGAGACACCUGCAUGCAGCCAGACACUGCUGAGAGGACAGACACUGAUUGGACAAGAUGGAAGACUCACCAGAGUAAACUCUGCACAAGAUGGACCAGUGACUCCUACCGGCUGCUGGGUUUGCAAGAAGAGCCAGGGGUCCCGUACACCCUGCUCCCAGUGUGACCGUCUAGCCUGUUCCUCCUGCACCAGACAAUGCGCCAGCUGCUCCAGCCUCUGCUGCUCCGUCUGCACCAUCAUAGAUUACAGCGGGCAAUACGAUGAACUCCUUUGCUGCAGUUGUUCGACGUAAUGGACGACCAACAGCCGGGUCGGGAGUUGAACAUAUUAAGUUGCCUCACAUGAUAUUACUAAGACUGCAUUUUAAACCUGUGAUUUAUUUUUUUAUUUUUUUUAUGUGAUCCAAAUCUGUACUUGUAUAAAUGUAUUAUAUUCCAGAAGUAAUUGAAAUAAACUUGAAACACUUUUGUA